AAACACCUAUCAGAAAAAAAAAAUAGCGGUAUGUAUGUUUUGUGAAGUAGCGCUUUGUUUUAUUAAAAAAAAAGUACUCGGUCCCGUUUUUUUCAAGCACAAGGAAUGCAGUCAGUCUAAAGCGUUGUGUGAUUCUUUGCCCUGUCAAUUCGCACACGCACCACUGUCUUGUUCGGUUCCCACAAUUUCUUUCCCCUUUACUAGUCACGUGAUGGAAAAGAACUCGAGUUUCACGUUCAUCCAUCCACGAAAGAGUAAAAAACGGUGCGGUAGGGUAGGAAAUCUUGUCCUAGAUUUUUUUUUAAAAUGGUUUAUCUGUGUUCACCACGAAUUAAACAAAAUUACACUUCAAUGUCACAGUCACAAGUCCACACGCUUCUGAGAAAUUAUCAUAAGCCUCUACUUGAUCUGUCCACCAAAAUAAAUUUUUACUUGAGAACAUUCCAUGUUUUUGGCGGGCACUAAGACGAUUGGCUAAAAUCGUUGAGGGGGCGGGCGGAUGAAAUGGGAGACCAAUCACUCUUGAGAGAACUUUUUGGAAUUUGUGUGUGGCGCAGUUCACUUGGUGCAAAAUGAUUUCCCGGCGUCAUGGAAAUGUCUGGGAAGUGGAGGAGGUAUCUCUUCUUCUGAGGGUUGUUCGGAGGAGUGGGCAUGCAUCUCGGUUAAUGGCCAGCACGCAAUCAAGCAACCGCGGCAUCUAUCGAUUUCUUUCAAGAGUGCUACGCAGUCGCGGAUUUCAUCGAACGGCCAACCAGUGUCGAAGCAAAUUCCAAAAACUGAAGUCCGAUUUCAUUUCAUCAAUGGAGGCACUGCAAUGCAUUCCUAGAAGCAGUCGUAGAAUUAGGGUGCACAACGCGAUGAUGCUAAUCUGGAAGGCGGCAGGGAGGCCUCGAUGUCAAGAAAGACCUCAUGAUGAGAUUAUCUGUGAAAGAGCAGUCAAGAUUGAAGAAACUUCAUCUGAGGAUGAUGAGAAUUCAGAAACUGUUGCAGUGGAAUCAUCAAGUGCAGCAGAAUCUGAUGCGCAAGCCUAUGCACCUCUUGGAGUGACAACUGAAGACCCAGCAAAGAUCAAUACAGCAGCAUUUCCUCAAGCUUCAGAGAGAGAAAGAACAGAUGACAGUGGAUCUCAUUGCCUAGAAACUGAAGAAACCGUAAUCGUUAUAUCUUCCGGCAAUAGUCACGAAGAAGCAACUGAUGACAUGACUGCUCCUGAAACCAUAAUGCCCGGAGAUGUAUCUCCACAACCGAGUACCUCAGCUUCUUUAGCAACACACAGUGGUGCCGCAGUGAGAAAGUAUGCCAUGAGCGCUGAGCACAAACUUCACAUAAUUGUGGAAACAACUUCUUCUGAUGCUGAGGAUGAGGACAGAAACGCCGUUGAGGAAGGCAGAACCGAGGAUGCAGAGGGAACUCCAGUUCUCUCAUUUUCCCCAGGUGAUACUUCAGCGGGAGGUUUGCGUGACAUGAUGCCAAAUAAAGACCAAUCCGCUGAUAUUGGCGAGAUCUAUCGUAGUAUGCAGGGAAUACAAUCUCUAUGUCUAUCAAGAAGUAAGUAUGACUAUUCCAAGGAAAACUUGAGGCAGAGUUUGGUGUGGUGUUUCUGAUCACGCGGCUCAGAUCAGGCGCGACAGUACCAAUCCCACAUCACGUAUGGAAGUCAGUAGGGAAACAUUCACCGAGUCAUUGAUAUGUGGAUUCAUAGAUCCAGAUAAGUCAUCAGUUCUAGUCUGUGGUCACAUAAUCAAAUAGUGUCCGUUCAAAACUAUUGACAUAACCGAUGUA